GUUCAUGCGGUAUUUUAAUGGAGAGCUUGGAGUUGGAUUGAUAAUUCGUGAAAGAUUUAUUUUCCGAAGAAAUACGAAAUUCUGUUUAAUAAGAAUUAAAAAAACACAGUUGAUAAAUAUUUUGUGGAGUAUUUGUGGUCGUCAACAUGUCGGCCCAAGAACAGAUGCGGAAAAUGCUCGAUGAGCUGAUGGGAACGUCCCGAAAUGGUGAAAAUGCUGGUCGAUUUCGCUUCACCGAUCCAAAGGUUUGCCGCUCAUUCUUGCUGAACUGCUGCCCUCAUGAUAUCCUUGCCAGCACGCGAGCUGAUUUGGGUGCAUGUUCCAAACACCAUGAUCCUGCAUUGAGAGCUGAUUAUGAGCAAGCUGCAAAAACCAAAGAUUAUGGAUAUCACAUUGAUGCGACACAGCACCUGCAGUCUUUCAUAUCUGAUUGUGAUCGACGCACUGAGAACUCCAAGAAACGAUUGUUAGAAACCCAGGAAAGCCUUAGUGCUGAAGUCAACCACAAGGCUGACUGUGUUCAUGAGAUGGCAGAGAACCUGGGUAAGAAGAUUGCUGAAGCUGAGAAGCUCGGAGAGGAAGGAGAUGUGGAGAAGUCAAUGGAGGUCAUGGCCGAGGUGGAGGAGAUCAGGAAGAAAAAGAUUUCAGCAGAGGAGGAACUGAGGAACUCGAUGCCAGCAUCCACCUAUCAGCAGCAGAAGCUACGUGUGUGCGAGGUCUGUGGAGCAUACCUUGGACUGCAGGAUAAUGACCGUCGGUUGGCUGAUCACUUUGGAGGAAAGCUUCAUUUGGGAUUCAUUGAGAUCAGAGAGAAACUCCAGUGGCUACUGAACUAUUCUGAACAGCAGCGGGAACUGAGACGGAUUGAGAGAGAGCGAGACGGAGAAGAGGAACCGUCGUCAAAGAGCAGCUCUCGAGACAGACGAGACCGUGAUAGAGAUCGAGACCGUGACAGAGAUCGAGACCGUGACAGAGAUCGAGACCGCGACAGAGAUCGAGAUCGCGACAGAGACCGGGAUAGGGAUAGCUAUCGCAGCAGAGAUAAAGACAGAGACCGGGAAAGAGAUAGAGAAAGAGACAGAAAAAGGUCUCGUUCAAGAUCUCGUUCUAAGAGCAGUCGCUACAGACGCAGUCGAUCUAAGGACAGGAGGAGGUCCCGCUCAAGGUCCAGGGACCGUGACAGGAGGAGAAACAGAAGCCGAGACCGCGAUCGCAAGUCACGCAGGUCGAGGUCUCGGGAUCGCGAUCGUCAACGUGAUCGACGACACCGUUCACGAUCCAAAGAGCGAAGUCGCCACUCGCGAUCCGGUUCUCAAGAGAGGGGAGAAACUAAGGAUGAGCGUGUCAAGGAAAGUAAAGGCUCUGAUUACGAGGAAGGUGAGAUGAGACAAGAGGAAUACGAAGCACAGAAGGAGAUAAAGAGAAAUCACAUGAGCUCUCCUGAGGAUGGGGAAGAUCGAGAAGAUGAGAAACACAUGGAUUCAGAUGAAAAGGAAGAAGAAGAGGAACAAGUUCCCGCUUUUUAAUCUGCUUUUUGAUGAUCUUGUGAUCCCGUUUCAAGUGAACAUUCAUUCUAUUUUUCUUUAUCUAUGCCAUCGUUGAAUGUUAAAAAUAAUUGUUUCAUUGUCCAAUAAUUCUAAUGCAGGUUUUGUAUCAAUGUGACUUUAAAUAUUUAAUGUACGUAUACAAGCGUUUGUUGAUUAGAGGAGCCAUAUCAUGACUGGAAUGACCAGGUUUUGAAAACUGAGUCUUAAAUGGUUUCAACUGAUCACAACUAGUUCCAGUUAGUAUUAGGAGUGGGCUAUACAUGGGUC